UGGUUUUUUUCCCUUCCCGUCCGUGCCUUCUUUCUUCUCCGUGUGCCUCCUCUGCUCUGCCUGGCUUCUCUUCAGCCCUAAUCUUCUCCGCGUGCCUUCGUUGCGGCUCUUUCCUGCGAACACAACUACAUCCACUGGGAAACUUAAGGUUUGUGGAAAAGAUCCAAGGUAUAAAGUCUUGAGUUGGUUGGGGAAAGUGAGAAUUUGGACUUAAUCAAGUUACUUCUUUUUUUGGUUUGCACUAAAACCAAAUCAGUUAAAAUGAGUGUGGUGGGAUUUGAUAUUGGAAAUGAGGACUGUGUUAUUGCCGUGGUGAAGCAAAGGGGUAUUGAUGUUUUGUUGAAUGAUGAAUCGAAACGUAAAACCCCGGCUGUGGUAUGUUUUGGGGAGAAGCAACGGUUUAUGGGAUCUGCUGGUGCUGCUUCUGCAUUGAUGAAUCUAAAAUCCACAAUAUCUCAGGUCAAAAGACUAAUUGGCAAGGAAUUCUCAGAUAUGGAUGUACAGAACGAGCUAAAAAAGCUGCCUUUUGAAACUUCUAAAGGUUUGGAUGGGGGCAUUUUGAUUCACUUGACGAACCGGGGUGAGAGCCAUACCUGUACACCAGUGCAGAUUCUGGCAAUGCUCUUUUCUCAUUUGAAAGAGAUAAUAGAGAAACGUUUGGAAAUGCCCAUUUCAGAUUGUGUAAUCGGGGAUCCCAUCAUACUUUAUGGACUUGCAAAGAUGUGCAUAUUUGAAUGCUGCGACAAUUGCUGGGUUAAGGCCUUUGAGAUUGAUGCAUGACUGUACUACACUCACUUAGUUUUGGAAUUUAUAAAACAGAUUUCCCCAGCUCUGGACCAAUUUACGUUGCACUUGUUGACAUUGGUCAUUGUGACACCAUGUCUCUAUUGCAUUAUUUGAGGCUGGACAUAUGAGGAUAUUAUCACAUACUUUUGACAUAAGCUUGGGAGGGCGAGACUUUGAAGAAGUUUUGUUUACUUAUUUUGCUUCAAAAUUUAAAGAGUAGUAUGGUAUUGAUGUGUACUCUAAUAUCAAGGCAUGUAUCAAGUUGAGGGUAUCAUGUGAAAACUAUAGUUGCUUAUAAU